UCAAAGGAAGGGCCUGGCUGGAUGCCCAUGCGUCAGCCACGCCCCCUGCUCACUCAGGAACACAUUCCCAGCCCUUACCCAAUUCCUGGGUCAUGAGCUAACUUCAGGAAGCAAGAGGCAGGCAGAGGAAAGGAAGGCAGCCCGGCUGUCCGAGAGAAAAGCAGAGCUAGUGAUGGAUCUUGAAUCACGGCCAGGAGAUUUCGACCCCAUGUCUUUCAAGCGUGCAACAUUGGAGGAGAUUGAAGGAGUCCCUUUCCCCCAUGACUUGCAGAAGCACUGGGAUCUCCUCCAGGGCUUUAAAGCCCGGCCUGAUGACCUUCUCAUCUGCACUUAUCCCAAAGCAGGGACCACCUGGAUCCAGCAAAUUGUGGACAUGAUCCAGCAUGGAGGUGACCUAGAGAAAUGUAAUCACAGCCCCAUCUACGAGCGGAUGCCCUUCAUAGAGAUGCCCCCUGUAAUAAAACCUUUGCCUUCCGGUGUUGAACAGGCAGACAAAAUGCCCUCUCCACGCAUACUCAAGAGCCAUCUCCCAGUUCAGCUCCUGCCGCCUUCCUUUUGGGAACAGAAAUGCAAGAUUAUUUAUGUGGCCAGGAAUGCCAAGGACAAUGUGGUCUCCUAUUACUACUUCCACCACAUAAGCAAGUUGAUGCCAGAGCCUGGAAACUGGGAUGAGUUUUUGGAGAAUUUCAUUGCUGGGAAGAUUGCCUGGGGCUCUUGGUUUGACCACGUUCGUUAUUGGUGGGAGGCCAAGGACCGCCACCCAAUUCUUUACCUCUUCUAUGAAGAUAUGAAAGAGGACCCAGCCAAGGAAAUCCAAAAAGUAGCCCAAUUUAUGGGGCUAGAACUCCCGCAAUCCGUUCUGAACCAGAUUGUGCAGCACACAAGGUUUGACAGCAUGAAAGCAAACCCCAUGACUAAUUACAGCACCUUGCCAUCCUCCAUCCUGGACCAAUCUGUGUCACCCUUCAUGAGAAAAGGCAUUGUAGGAAACUGGAAGGAGCACUUCACGGUGGCUCAAAGUGAACAGCUAGAUGAUGUCUGUGCCCGGCUACUACAGGGCAGCGGCCUGAACUUCCGCACACAACUAUAAGUGCACCUCUGUCUAUUCCCCUCAUCAAGACCUUCACCAAAACAUGCCUGGAGUGCUGACUUUACUAAAAUAAGCCACAAAGCCAGAGAAGAACUGAAUUCUAUGUUCAUGGCCCCCACUCCAUUUCAUACUAUGUGUGUGUCUUUUCAUUUGCGAAGUAAAUAAACCAACGGGUUCACUUUGUUACCA